UACUUCCGGAUGUUACAGAGUUGACACAAAGCCAUGGCAGCGGUAGUUCUACUUUUUCUCAUCUCCUUGCUGGAUUCAGCUGAAGGCUCUGAACGUCGAAUUGUGAAAUCUGGAUCAAACCUUUUGCUGGAAGUAAACAAAAAUGGAGUUGGCAAAGAUGACUAUUUUUUUUGGAAAUUUAAUAACAGUGUCAAUCUUGUAAGAUUUAUUCCUGGCGGUGAGCCUAAAAUCAAAUAUAUAGAAAGAACUGAUUUUUUUAAAGACAACUACUCACUGCUAUUAAGAAAUGUGCAACCCAAUGACACUGGAAACUAUGAGGCACAAGCAAAUGGAGACACAGCAAAAACUGUAGCUGAAUACACAGUUAUAGUCCAAGAUCCAGUGUCUCCAGUGAAACUAACAGUGAAGCCCAUUAAGUCCAGCUGCUAUAACUUCACUGUGACGUGUAAAACAGUGGAUUCUCAAAUUAGUGGAACUUUUCAAUGCGACAACAUAUCCUGCCAUUUAUUGGAUCAAACGGACCUGAAAGACUCAUCUCUGAAGGUCCAUGUAGAGGAAAGCUCCAUCAUCUGUAACCAUAGCAACCAAGUGAGCUGGGAAAAGGAUGUAAAGAAUAUUAUAUCUAUCUGUGAAAAACCACCAGUUCUCAACACAGCCACCAUAGUUGGGAUAACAUUUGGAGCAUUACUGCUGGUAUCUAUUAUGUGCUCUGUGCUCAUAAUAAUGUGUAAAAGAAAGAGGAGCGCAAAUACAGUGUAUGAAGUUCCUCAGGAAACUCCACUGCCUAACCCAUAUGCAAAUCCUGCUGAAAUUACUGAAUCUCCUUCUCCAACAUCAACGUAUGCCCUGGUGCAGCUUCAUAGUCGUCCUGUGCAAAGCAAUGUCACCAGUACCUCCACAAACCCGCAGCCUGAAACAAUUUAUGCUCAAGUUGACAGAGCUGCCAAGUUCAACUCAAAACCUGCUGCAGUCAACAGGUGACAAAAAAGAAAAUCAAAAUGGAAAAUGUAUAUAACUGUGUUUUAACUGUGCCAAAAAUGAUCAUGAACUCCCACUGUGAACCAGCUUUUAAAUGUUUUUAUAGAUUUAAUUUUACUUCUAUUUAGUGAUGGAACAGUAAAAUUUGGGAAAUUCUUCAAUUCUUCACAAACUUAACGGUAAAGUUUUUAGAGCUAAGAGAUUUACAGUUAUUAUCAUGACGAAUAUCAGUAAAAUAUAUGGUAUAUUUUGUUGUUAUCAUAUCAAAAUAUUAACUCCAAAAUGUGCUCUCUUGAAAUUUUAGUAUUUUAUUUUUCUGUUUGUGAAAUUCAAAGUGUUGUGAUUUUUGCACAUUUUUGUAUUCUAAACUUGUUGCUGCUAAAGGUUCUGUUUUUUGUUGAGGCGCUAAAAAG